AUUAUAGUGGGGAGGCUAUGCCGGUAAGCAGAGUAAAUGCAAAUCUCUUGGCUGGCUCUGGCCAACGACUGAGUCCGAGUCCGAGUCCGAGUCCGAGCUUGAGACUGAGCCUGAGCUUCCACCUCGUAGCAAUUGCGUAACCCUUAAUAUUGUUUCUUCAUUCAAAUAAACAAAAACAUGAAAACACUUUGAAAAUUUUCUUCUUCUUUCAUUCUUUUACAUUUCAUUUCCAUUCAGAUCCGAUUCUUAAACGCAUUCCCAUUUUAACCCCUCUUUGAUUUCAUCCUCAUUCCGACACAAAAACCCAAGGGCUUGCUCUGGUUUUUAGCCUCGCAAUUCUUCGUAUAGUCGAUCUAAGUCAUAGAGGGAGCUUAAGUGGGAUUUGAUGUGCCAGGCAAGGUGGAAGCAAGUUUAUUGGAGGUUUCAAGGGAACAUAUCACUUGGAGCAUUCGUGAUAGAUUUGCCUACAUUGCAGGAUGCAGAGAGUGGCGUAGAAGUUAGUCCUUUUUUAUUCAAUUGAUCCAAUAUUUGCUUCAGAAGAUAGGUUGGCGUUUCUUAGUUGACAAUUUUCGUCCCGGAAAAGAACCUGAAUGCUGAGUGUUAUUUAUUAUUGAUAUGGUUCUGUAGAGUGACGAUCCUCGUAAGGUUGGAAAAUGGAUUUUGUGACUGAGGAAGAGAAAACCGAGGAUUACCUUUUCAAGAUCGUAUUGGUUGGUGAUUCAGCCGUUGGGAAAUCGAAUUUACUUGCAAGAUUCGCUAGGGAUGAGUUCUACCCUAACUCAAAAUCGACCAUAGGAGUCGAGUUUCAAACCCAGAAGGUCCAUAUAGAUGGGAAGGAAAUUAAGGCACAGAUCUGGGAUACAGCUGGUCAGGAGCGUUUUAGGGCUGUUACAUCUGCAUAUUACCGAGGUGCGGUUGGAGCUCUCCUUGUGUAUGACAUCAGCAGACGACAGACUUUUGAUAGCAUCGGCAGAUGGCUAAAUGAACUUCAGACUCACUCUGACAUGAACGUAGUUACCAUUUUAGUAGGCAACAAGUCAGAUCUCCGGGAUGCCAGGGAAGUAUCUAUUGCUGAAGGCAAGUCUUUGGCGGAGGCACAGGGUUUGUUUUUCAUGGAGACGUCUGCCCUUGAUUCCUCCAAUGUAGCAGCUGCCUUUCAGACAGUUGUUAAAGAGAUCUAUAACAUAUUAAGCAAGAAAGUUAUGAUGUCUCACGAGCUGAAUAAGCCAGAUUCUUCUUCAUUUGAUGGAAAGACCGUGGUUCUACCGUCAGAAGAUAACCCACAACCUGAUGCAGCAGAGGCUAAAGCGGGUGGCGGUUGUUGUUGAUGCUUCAGAAAAUAUAAACCCUAUGCUCCUCUGGUCCCAUCGGUUAGGCCUCAAGUUGCGGAUAAUUACUUCUUCAUCUUCUUCCCUACCGGUAAAAUGUUAAUAAAUACUUGUUUUGACAUGUCCAUGAUAAUCUUAUGGUGGUUGAUACAUGGAUUAGCUAAAGAUGUAAAUGAAAGUGAAGGUGAAGUGGGCAUUAAAAGGGGAAAAGAAAAGCAAAUGAUAUAAGAUAAUAUAUUUAGAAUGUCAGUGUAAUUUCCUCUGUUUUGUUUGACUGUGAUUUUACAUAUUCAAAAUGAUUAAAAAAAAAACCAAGCCAA